CGCUCAGCGCUGGUGCUUCCUGUUCCGGUGCCAGGAGGGGCCGCGCGCUGUUGGUGCUGGUGCUGGUGCUGCUGCUUCCGCUGCUGGUGCCGUCGUCGCCACUGCUGUCAGUCAGUCUGCACUUGGUUCUUCAGCCCUUGGUGUCCUCGUGUCCAUCACUGCCUCUGGACCUUGCUCCGUGCUCGGAUCUUGCCGGGAAAAUGUCUGAUGAAUUUUCGUUGGCAGAUGCGCUACCUGAGCACUCCCCUGCCAAAACCUCUGCUGUGAGCAAUACAAAACCCGGCCAACCUCCUCAAGGCUGGCCGGGUUCCAACCCUUGGAAUAACCCAAGUGCUCCACCUUCUGUGCCAUCUGGACUCCCACCAAGUGCAACACCGUCCACUGUGCCUUUUGGACCAGCACCAACAGGAAUGUAUCCCUCUGUGCCUCCCACUGGACCACCUCCAGGACCCCCGGCACCCUUUCCUCCUUCUGGACCAUCAUGCCCCCCACCCGGUGGUCCUUAUCCAGCCCCAACUGUGCCAGGGCCUGGCCCCACAGGGCCAUAUCCUACACCAAAUAUGCCCUUUCCAGAGCUUCCACGACCAUAUGGUGCACCCACUGAUCCAGCUGCAGCUGGUCCAUUAGGUCCAUGGGGAUCCAUGUCUUCUGGACCUUGGGCACCAGGAAUGGGAGGGCAGUAUCCUACCCCUAAUAUGCCAUAUCCAUCUCCAGGGCCAUAUCCUGCACCUCCUCCUCCCCAAGCACCAGGAGCAGCACCACCUGUUCCGUGGGGCACUGUUCCACCAGGAGCUUGGGGACCACCAGCACCAUAUCCUGCCCCUGCGGGAUCCUAUCCCACACCAGGACUCUAUCCCACUCCUAAUAAUCCUUUUCAAGUGCCUUCAGGACCUUCUGGUGCUCCACCAAUGCCUGGUGGUCCCCAUUCUUACCAUUAAGUUAAUGGAUGAAGAGAUGACGCUUUGCUUUUUGAAGUACAUAUAUAUGCACAUGAAUGCAUAUAUAAAAAUUGCUGGUUUCACUAUUAGAGGGCAUUCAUGAAAGAACAACUGUUGCACCUCUCAGAAGAUAUCUGCCUCUUGUACUUGGAUGUAUAAUAUAUCAGAUGGAUACAAUCAGAUAAAAAUGUAAAAGUAAAUCAUUAAAAUGUGAUUUUUAUUCAGUUUUUAUGGAAAGUUAAAAUAAGUAUAUUGAAUAGCUCUUUGAUAUAAUUUGUUUAAAACAAAUUUUGGAUUUGUUUAAAUUAUGUAACUACACACUUAAAAAUCUAAGAUGUUGUGGAUUAUUGGUAGACUCUGCAACCUCAUUGGCAAAUUAUUUCAAGUAUUUUUCUAUAAUCACCUUUUCCCUAAAUAAACACACUUUGAAAAUAUUCACAAUGUCAUAAUUUAAACAAAUGAUGCUUCUCAACAUCUUGAACUGCUCUAUCCAUAGAAUAAAUAAAUCUAGUCCUCUUGAGGUUAUGUUUUGAAUAUACAUUUUUGAACUGGCAGUAAUUAUUGUCAGAUGUUGAGUUUAUUGGGCAGUGUUCAUUUCAUCCUUGAGAAUUUAGUGAAAACUUGCAUUUUGAGUUUCACUUGAUUUGUUUUACUUCUAGCCAAAUGAGUCAAAAAGCUCCAAAAUCUGCCAUUUAUGGAAACUUUUAUUUUUAAUGCAGGCCAACAUGUAUGUAAAUUAUGCUCUUAGAGAAUUGGUGGUCUCUGUAUUGCUUUAGAAUAGAUUGAGAUGUCCAUAUUGCUUUGGGAAGAGCUCAAGGAAGGAAAUAGUUCUCUCUUUUGUGUCGAACCUCAAAAACGAGAGGAAACCCUGGGAGUUGCUUCAUAGUGACAAGUAAUUUGCAUUCCCACAAAACACUCUUCCACCCCUUUCAUGUAGCCUCUUCUCCCUCAGUUCUGUAGGAUCACAUUCCUUAAUUCCUCCCUGAUACGGAAAACUGGCACGCUCUAGAGGUCUGUCAUAAACACAUAUAGCAGUUCUGCUGAGAGAACCUUAGUCAUACAGGCAUGACUGUUCUCUUUGUACAAGUGUGAUCAAAAUAAUGUGUCUGUCUUUCAGAGUCUGGUUAAGCUAUGUCGUUGUCUCUUGCAUAGUAUCCUGGAUCUGUUUGUAGAGUGCUUAUGGCUAACAGUUCAGUUCUGUAUUCAUCAACAGGUAAAUAGAUAGAAUUAGUGCCAUCCUUAAAAAUUAUCCUCUGACACUGAAAAUAAAGUGUAGAUCUCUGCAAUUGAGUUUAAAGAAGUGUGAUUGUAUUGCUUAAAUGUGUUGUUUGUAGCUACCAGAAUAGUCUGAGUAGUUUUUUUUGGCACCUUAUCUUUGAAUCACAUUCUUAAUUUUGGGAUAGAACUGACUGUGUUACUUGUGGAAUAACAUUUUGAAGCUUUUAAUAUAUCCAUUGGGUUAUACUAAAAUGUAUUGUGAAUUUCUUUACCAGUAUAGGACAGAUUUAUGCUAGAGCUCUUGUUUUUGCUUAGAAAUAAAGUAUUUAGUAGUUUAUUUCUUGUAUAGUUAAAAUGUCAAGAAUGCCAAAUGCUGCCAAUGUAAUGGUUUGAUAGCUACCUCCUUUUAAGAAAGCAAGAUGAUCACCUUUGGGAGGAACACUCAGUGUUUCAACCUCCCUUUUAAGUGGACGAUAGAUUCAGGCUUCCAGAAUUGAAACUAUAAUUUGUUUAGAUAUUUUCAGACUGGUGAAUGUUGCUAGACAGUCUUACAAAGUGGCACGAGUAGUCUUUUUAUCUUUCACUUACUUACAAGACCAAGUGGCAGCUAUCUACAACACUUUUGAAAUCUGUUGUCAAAGUAGCCUUCAAUUUACAGGGCAGGUCACUGUAGAAGGCUGUACCUUAAAUUAUCAGUAUCAUGUCAGCUAACUUUGGAGACAUAAGAUGAUAGGAAAAGUGAGAUGGCAGCAAAGAUAUCUCUCCUUUUAGUUGUUGUGAUUGUCCUGCGUUAGGAUGACAACUCUGGCUUUAGGUGUAUGUGACAUUUGAUAUAACACUGGACAGGAUGAUGUCGGACUGAAAGAGGAAGAGGCAGGAAGUUUGGGACUCUGAUUGAGGAGCCCGUGUGUUAUUGGAGAAAAAUCUUUUGUUCAAGGAUUGGAAGGACCAUGAACACAAGAUUUGAAAUUACUCUUCCCAAUAAGUAUAUUAACUUUGCUAGUGAUUCAUACUGCUCAGUGUGCCCUAGACAAUACUGCUGUUAGUAGUUUACUUUUCAAGGACUUUCCAAAUGAUAUUUGGGGGGAUUUUUUUUUUUAAUGGAAGAGUAAAAAAGGGAACAGAAUUUGCUUUUAUUUCUGUAAUUAUUUAGAACAUCAUUUCUCAAAUCAGGGAAGAGGUCUCAACUCUUGAGAGUAAUCUGGGCAAAAAGUAUUCUUAGGUUCAGGAUGGAGUUAAGAAUGUAAGUUUCCAUGGAGAAAUGGGAGAAACAUCUAAGGAGCAUUUCUUUUUACAAGGGAAUAAUUUGCUUUCAAAAUAAGUCAUGCUAGGCUAAGAUGCAUUUGUGGAAGAUUGCUUGUAACCAAGUAUGUUUGGUCUUAAAGGAAUAUAAAGAAUGGAAUAGGCUGGCAUUUGGACUUAAGAGCAAGAAUUUUCAAAUAAAUUGGAUGGAGAUAGUUCGGAUAACAUUGAGGAAUAAUAUUCCUGGGGUGUGAAUGUUAGACUUUGAAAUGUUGAGCCUAAAAAUAACAAACGAAAACUUAAAAUAUAGACCUUACAUUCACACACUCGGUUCUCAAGAAUCAAGGCGCUUUAAAGGAAUUUAUAAAAUAGCUUGGCUUGUUUUUACUGGGCUCAGCCUGACACCUUUUCAUGUUUGAGAAUGGCCGUUUUGUCUAGUUAUAUAUUGAUUAUUCAGGAACAGACAAGGCAUUUUUUAAAUUGCCAAAGGCCUCCUUCCUUUUCCAUUUUACUGUUUAUUCUUUUCAGUAGAGAAUGGUAAUAGGGCAGAAAAGAAAAGUGAAUUUUUGGCCUUGGUCUGUCACACCAUUACAAUGGAACAUUGGAAUAUUUUCUAGGAAAAAAGGUCAGUGUGCCCAUGAUAUUUACCUCAUAAAUAAUUAGUGCUACCUAUUGUACUCAAAUGUACAGCUUUUAAAACUAGAGAUGGAAAAAGCUCUACUCAAAGUUUCAAAAAGAAUACUGUGCCUAGUUUGCAUAUCAGUCAGUUGCCUACACCUUUAAAUGAUUAGUGCCAUGUCUUCCUUCCUCACCCUGAAUAAUCUAGUGCCAGCUUUAUUAAAAUACCACGGUUAUAAACCCUGGGAGUUAAACCUAAGCACAGACCUUCCAGUGUUAACAUUUUUGAAAAGCAGAAGGCUAAAUUCAGAUGAAUCACACUGAUCCACUGUGCUAUGCAUAGAAAGUGGUGGGUGGCGUUCGGGGAGGACUAUAAUUUAAUCCUAAUAGAGCAAUAUUUAGUAUGAAGACACUGUUCUUUUUAUUUUCAGAAUUCUGCCAAGUAAAACAAAAAUUGCCAAUAAAAUAGUAAGUAUUAAAGAAAUGCCAUGCAAGCUUCUGGCUCUAGAAUAUUUCUGAGAACUACAUUCAUUCAACACUUUAUGUCUGUGACCCCGGUGUUUUGCCAGAUGCCAGAGAUACAGACAUGAAAGAGAAUGCCUGUCCUUGAGAGGUUUAUAGUCUAAGGGUGGCAUUACAGAAUUCGUUAGUGUAUCCAUUACUAGUUUAACCUAGAUAAACAUUUUGUUAUUCCUGCUGGUGGAAAUUAUAGACCCAGCCUUAAGGCAUUUAAAGAGCAAAGUGUGCUGUAACUUUUUUUUUUUUUUUUUUUUAAGAAAUUAUGUUUUCCAAGAUUGUAGUCUUGUCAGUGUAGCUUUUCAAGCAUGCAAAUAGUGGGAUGUUUUUUCCUCCUUUCCCCUGGAUAAAGGCACUUUCACUUCCCGUCACUGAUAACAGAUACUGAUUUGUUGCCAUUAAGUAAACUUGACUUCUUUGUGCUCUAUAAAGGUUUUUUGUAUUUUUUCUUGAUAUUGUUAUUUUUUUCAUUGACUCCAUGACAAAUUUAAUGUAUGUAACUGUCUAUGCAUUUUAAGUUAAACUGCCUAAAAUGUGAUUUGAGACAUAUACAUUUGUUUGUAUUAUGAACUAUAAGCAAUCUGUUUGAGACUAGGUUUUAUCACCUGCUGCUGUAUUUGUAAACAAAGACAAAUGUCGCUUUAAGAAGUAAUUAUAAUUAGGAAUAGUCUAUGGGUGUGAUACUUGAUAUUUUUAAAGAUAAACUUGUUUGCUUUUGUGUAUUAUACCUGAAAACUUUUCUUAAAAUGUAUUUUCAUGGUU